AUGUCUCACGAUACAGAGAAAGCUAGAGCAGAGCAGUUUGAAGGGUCCAUAAAAAAGCCCAUCGCGACAAAUUGGGAUCUUGAAGAAGAGGACUGGACGCCAGAGGAGGAAAAGGCGUUAGUGAGGGCGUUAGAUAUAAGAAUUGUGCCAUUGGUGACAUUGCUAUAUCUACUUUGCUUCAUUGAUAGAUCGAAUAUUGGAAAUGCUCGAAUCCAAGGGAUGCAGGAUGAUGUGGGACUUGAAGGGUUGAAGUUCAAUUGGGCAUUGACAAUCUUCUACAUCUUCUAUCUCAUAGUGGAAAUUCCAAGCAAUAUCCUUCUAAAACAUAUUGGCCCUAAAUUUUACAUUCCGUUUUUGAUCUUCGCUUUUGGUAUAAUUUCUCUCUGCACUGCGUUCGUGCAAUCCUUUGCUGGGCUAUGUACCGCACGUGCAUUCCUUGGUAUUGCGGAAGGCGGUACUAUGCCUGGUAUUGCGUUUCUGCUGAGUUGCUUUUAUAAGCGUCAUGAACUACUGUUCAGAAUUGGGAUCUUUGUGUCUGCCUCUUCCUUGGCGGGCGCUUUUGGUGGACUAUUGGCGACAGGUUUAUCAAAGAUUCCCACAUGGGGGGUAAAUAGCGACCCUAUUCACAGCUGGCGUAACAUCUUCUUCUUCGAAGGCCUGAUCACCGUUUGCGUCGCCAUCAUGGGUUACUUCCUCAUGCCUUCUUCCCCAGCCGCUUGCAAAUUUCUCACCCCUCGUCAAACCCACAUUGCCACUCUCCGCAUCGCGCAUGACCACAAAGAGUCCGCCCCCGAGGCCACCUCCCUCCACCACAUCAAGCGCGCCCUCCUGAACAUCAACAACCUCUUCUGCGCCUUCGGCUUCUUCUUCAUCAAUGUCACCGUACAAUCCUUCUCCCUCUUCCUCCCCACCAUCCUUAGAGCCCUUGGCUGGACCAGCACCCGUGCGCAGCUGCUUACUGUGCCGCCGUAUGCGGUUGCAUGCUGCUUCUCUAUCUUUAUCGCUUGGUUAUCUGAUAAGCACCGCAGGAGAGGUAUCUAUCUGUGCUUUUGCAGUUUGUUGACCAUCAUUGGGUAUGCUGUGUUGGUCACGGUGGACAGCCCGAAUAUCAAGUACAUGGCUGUCUUCUUUGCUGCAAGUGGUGCUUUCCCGCUUGGUCCUGGGUUUCUAAGUUGGAGCUUGAACAAUGCCGCUGGGCCCUCGGUCAGGGCGGUCACGGGAGGAUAUGUGGUCUCAGUGGGGACAGCGGGCGCUAUUCUCGCAACAUGGACCUACAUCCCCUCAGACGGGCCAAACUACAUCAAGGGGCACUCGAUCAACCUUGGUGCCCAGGCUAUUGCCGCGACAAUAAGUAUCUGUGCAGUCCUGUACAUCAGGUGGGAAAACAGCCUGAGGAAUAGGGGAGGCAGAGACUACCGGCUGCAGGGAUUGACCGAGGAAGAGGCGAGGGGCUUAGGGUAUAGACAUCCCGAGUUUAGGUAUAUUGAAUAA